GUAAACGGGGAGUUUUGACAGGUAUGAAUUAACGGCACCCCACUGAGGGUGGCGGGCUGUGUCAACGCCUUUGUAUUAAGUAACGUAGCACGCGCCAUUCACUUCGUCAGGUUGUCCUGACAUCCUGUGACGUCACUUCCUGCCGUUGGACAGCCGGUUCAGGCCAGUUCAUGCGCUCUAGUGACUCGCGGAGCUGUCAACACACAACACUACCUGAAGUGUUGGGGAAAGGGUAUCCGUCUAUCGGAAGGUAGCCUCUUCUCUCCAACGACGCUUUCCUCCAGAUAACAGCGACUCAACUCUCAUUAUGACUCGGAGGUGAUCUUCAGCGUGUCCAGGUGGUUCUGGGUUCCAGGUUGGUGUGGUAAGAGCAAGCUAACUGCAGGAGACCACCUGUGGCAGUUUGUCCCGGGCUCUCAAGCAACCAGGGAGGGGGUUUGCAGUCUGCCUUGCAUCAUGGAGAAGGAAGACGUAAAGGUCCUCAACAAGGGGGAAGAAGAAGAGAUGGAGCUGCAGGGCUUCCGCCUGUGCCGCUGGCGCCUGGCACUGGUGGGUCUCGGGGUGCUCUGUACAGGGGGCUUCCUACUCCUGCUGCUCUACUGGAUGCCGGAGUGGUGCGUCAAGUCCACCUGCGUUCCUACCACUGCUCGUGAUGCUGAAGUGGUGUUGCUCCGCUCCACGGAUGAAUUCCGUCGCUGGUUCCUGGCUAAGGUUCGAGUGCUUUUAGCCCCAGGGAGCAACCCCUUCCACAGCCUGGAGACCCAGACCACCUCCCCGUCUUCAUGUCCCUUUUCCUCUUCCUCUGCAUCUCUGGCCAAUGGAGACCCGCAGCACCCUCAGGAGCUCAGCAGAAGAUACGUGGACUACCAGCCCACACAGAUUCGUUAUUUUACACUCCACAGUACCAAGUACUUUUGGAAUGACAGAGUGCAGAACUUUGAAGUAUUAACUGGUCUGGAGGAUCUCCACGUUAGCUGUGCCGCUCUCCACUCGGAGCACGGCAGAGGCCUAACCAGGAACCAGCAAGAGUACAGGAAACUGUUCUUCGGAGUGAAUGAAAUUGAAGUAAAAGUGCCUUCUGUUUUCAAGCUGCUUAUCAAAGAGGUCCUCAAUCCUUUCUAUAUCUUCCAGCUCUGCAGCGUGAUAUUGUGGUGUGCAGAUGAAUAUUACUAUUAUGCUGUGGCCAUCGUCAUCAUGUCCGUUAUAUCCAUAGCUACCUCUCUAUACACCAUCAAAAAGCAAUAUGUCAUGCUUCAUGAUAUGGUGGCAGCUCACAGUAUUGUCCGUGUAUCUGUAUGCCGAGCCAGCAAUGAUAUUGAAGAAGUUUUGUCUACUGAUCUGGUGCCUGGUGAUGUCAUGGUCAUCCCCAGCAACGGGACCAUUAUGCCAUGCGAUGCCGUGCUGGUCAGCGGCACCUGCAUUGUCAACGAAAGCAUGCUUACAGGCGAAAGCGUUCCUGUGACAAAGACCAACCUUCCAAACCAGUUGCCAGGCGACAGUGGCGAUGAACCCGUGAGUGCCUACAGCACCGAGGAGCACAAGAGACACACGCUCUUCUGUGGCACUAACGUCAUCCAGACGCGUUUCUACAGCGGCGAACUCGUCAAAGCCGUGGUGGUCCGCACAGGCUUCAGCACAGCCAAAGGCCAGUUGGUGCGCUCCAUCCUUUACCCCAAACCCACCGACUUCAAGCUCUACCAUGAUGCCUACCUUUUCCUCUUGUGUUUGGUGGGCGUGGCUGGGAUUGGCUUUGUCUACUCCAUCGUCUUCAGCAUCAUGAAAAAGGUGCCGGCCAAGACCAUCAUCAUCGAGUCCCUGGACAUCAUCACCAUCACUGUUCCGCCAGCGCUGCCGGCGGCCAUGACGGCUGGUAUCGUGUAUGCCCAGCGGCGCCUCAAAGAAAUUGGAAUUUUUUGCAUCAGCCCCCAAAGAAUUAAUAUCUGCGGGCAGAUCAACCUGGUCUGCUUUGACAAGACAGGAACGCUUACAGAAGAUGGCUUGGACCUAUGGGGAGUCCAGAGAGUUGAGAAUGGAAGAUUCCAGCAAUCGGAAGAGAAAGCCUACAAGGAGAAUCUGGUCAAGUCCCAGUUUGUCGCUUGCAUGGCCACCUGCCACUCCCUCACCAAAAUAGACGGUCAGCUAUCUGGGGACCCGCUGGACCUGAAAAUGUUUGAGGCCACCGGCUGGAUCCUGGAGGAAGCCACCGAGGAAGAAACAUCUCUCCACAACCGCAUCAUGCCUACUGUGGUUCGACCGCCAAAGCAGCUGUUGCCUCCAGAGCCCGUAUUACCAGACCAGGACAUGGAACUGUAUGACCUGUCUUCGCAAUACGAAAUAGGUAUUGUGCGGCAGUUUCCAUUUUCCUCUGCACUCCAGAGGAUGAGCGUGGUGGCUCGUCUCUUGGGGGAGAAACGUAUGGACGCCUACAUGAAGGGGGCGCCAGAGGUGGUGGCUCGCCACUGCAAGACCGACACGGUGCCGGACAAUUUUCCAGAGAUUUUGGAGGGAUACACCAAGCAAGGUUUCCGAGUAAUAGCGCUGGCUCACCGUCGACUGGAAUCCAAACUCACGUGGCACAAAGUCCAGAACAUAAGCAGAGAACACAUCGAGACCAACAUGGAGUUCCUGGGUCUAAUAAUCAUGCAGAACAAACUGAAGAGCGAAACGCCCGGGGUGCUGCUGGAGCUCCGCAGAGCCAACAUCCGCACAGUCAUGGUGACCGGCGACAACAUGCUGACAGCCGUCUCCGUGGCCCGCGACUGCGGUAUGAUCCCCCCGCAGGACACCGUCAUAAUUGCAGACGCCAUCCCGCCGCAUGAUGGGCAUACCGCCAGAAUCACCUGGAGAUAUGCCGACAAGCCAAGCAUGGCGGCGUGUGUGGAGGAGGUGAACAUCAGCCUGGACGAUGUUUGCCACAUGGAUGAACCCAGACAACAGGAGCGGUACCAUUUUGCCAUGAACGGAAAGUCAUUUUCCGUCAUUUCCGAGCAUUUCCCAGAUCUCCUUCAAAAGCUGGUGCUGCAUGGAACAGUGUUUGCCAGGAUGGCCCCGGAUCAGAAGACGCAGCUCAUUGAGGCCCUGCAGGACGUGGACUACUUUGUGGGAAUGUGUGGCGAUGGAGCCAACGACUGCGGGGCUUUAAAGAGGGCUCAUGGUGGCAUCUCGCUGUCAGAGCUGGAAGCUUCCGUAGCCUCUCCCUUCACCUCCCGAACACCCAACAUCUCGUGUGUCCCGAGCCUCAUCAGGGAGGGCCGCGCUGCUCUCAUGACCUCCUUUUGUGUGUUCAAGUUCAUGGCUCUUUAUAGCAUCAUCCAGUACAUCAGCGUCACCCUCCUUUACUCCAUUCUCAGUAACCUUGGAGAUUUCCAGUUCCUCUUCAUUGAUAUCGCCAUCAUUCUUUUCAUUGUUUUCACCAUGAGUCUGAACCCAGCCUGGAAGGAGCUGGUUGCACGUCCUCCCCCGUCAGGCCUGAUCUCGGCGCCUCUGCUCUUGUCUGUGCUGAGCCAGAUCGUAAUCUGCUUUGGCUUCCAGAUGCUUGCCUUCUUUUGGGUGAAAUACCAGCCCUGGUACACCGUGUGGACACCACUUUCAGAUGCCUGCAAUGCCUCAUCGCGCGUGAACACGUCCGAGCUGAACCACACAGAAGUGGACGACCACAACAUCAGCAACUACGAGAACACCAGCCUUUUCUACGUGUCCUGCUUCCAGUACCUGAUUGUUUCCAUCAUCUUCUCAAAGGGCAAACCUUUCAGGAAACCAAGCUACAAGAAUUGGCAGUUUGUCGUCACUUGUUUGACUUUGUACAUUUUCCUGCUGUCCAUCAUGUUCUACCCUGCUCAAGCCAUCGAUGACUUCCUGGAGAUUGUGUGUGUUCCAAUGGAUUGGAGACUAAAGCUCCUCUCCAUCAUCGUAACCAAUGCUGCUGUGUGUUUUGUGGUAGAGACCUUCAUCAUUGACAUCGUCUUAUGGAAAGUUGUGUUCAACAGAGACAAACAGGGCAACGCUCCCGCUGCCCCACCACCACAGAAAGGCAUUGACCUGACGGCAGCCAAGUGCCAGUGCUGCCCGAGCAAGGUGGCGCCCAAGGCUCGCUACAUGCACCUGGCCCAGGAGCUCAGCGUGGACCCGGACUGGCCGCCAAAGCCAACCACCACCACUGAGGCCAAGCCCUGCCCACAAAAUGGCUCCUCUUACCAAAUCAUGAGCAACUCCUAGCAUCUAAAAAAAAAAAACAAAGCAGUCCCUAAUAUACCCCCCCCCCCUUCCUUGAGUGUGUUUGCACAUGAACUUGUCACUGGCCAUGAUGAUUGUAGAAUACUGUAGCUCCAGACCCAGACCCCCAGAGUUGCUUUCAAUUGUAAAUAGUUUUUUUAUGCUAACUCCAAUCGAAAGUGGCUUAAGGGCACAAAGGGCAGGUCCAAAAAACGGCACCGCAGCUUUGAAUCCAGCAGGGGGUGCUGUUUCACAAGCCAACCUAUUCAACAUUAUCCAGCAGGAAGACACUCUGUAACAACACAACAUGCGACAGCGAUGAAUACUGAACACCCUUGCUAGCGGCACUGUGACGACGCUGCUUCAUACUCUGUGAUGCAAGUUUGAACAACCUCAACAACCCCAUGUAGCAACAGGACGGGCGUAACGUCCGCGUGGUGCAACUUGCACACUUCAUUGGCUGCUUCCACCGAGCCAAAAACUCUAAUUAUAAAUCUGGACACUGUUAGCACGGCCAUCGUCAAAUACUGACAUUGUUUUACACACAACACUUUUAGGAUAAAGAUACAAUGAAUUAUAUGACUCACAUGUUAUCAACAUACAAAGACACCUGGUGACACGCACAAGUCCGUGAGAACCAGGCGGCUGUUUAUAUGACAGGGGCCAAUCAUGAGCUAUGAGAGAACCCACACAAUGUCAGGAGGUCAUUACACGGCGUCAUCUUAGAAGGCUAAAAUCAUCACACAGCAACUUAACACUCAAAAAGGUAGAUAAGAAAUAUACAAGUGCCAAAACUUCUUCCCAAAACGCAGUUCAUUGUCCAUGGCUGACCUCUGGUGGACAAUCAUUGCAGCGCUCCGGUAGAGCAUGGUCCUACAUUAGCAUUAUAUGACUCGCAUGUCAUCAACACAGAAAGACACCUGGUGACAUGCAUGAGUCCGUGAGAACCAGGCAGCUGAGCUGUGAGAGAACCCACACAAUGUCAGGAGGUCAUUACUCAACAUAACAAUGUGACUCACGGUGUCAUCUUAGAAGGCUAAAAUCAUCACACAGCAACUUAACACUCAAAAAGAUAGAUAAGAAAUAUACAAAUACCAAAACAUUUUCCCAAUACGCAGUUCAUUGGCCAUGGCUGACCUCUGGUGGACAAUCAUUGCAGCGCCCUGGUAGAGCAUGGUCCUUCAUUAGCAUUCUAUGAGUCACAUGUCAUCAACAUAGAAAGACACUUGGUGACACGCAUGAGUCCGUGAGAACCAGGCGGCUAUUUAUAUGACGGGAGCCAAUCAUGAGCUAUGAGAGAACCCACACAGUCAGGAGGUCGUUACUCAACAUAACAGCGUGACUCACGGCGUCAUCUUAGAAGGCUAAAAUCAUCACACAGCAACUUAACACUCAAAAAAGGUAGAUAAGUAAUAUACAAGACAAGUACCAAGUCGCAGGCUUGUACAGCGGAAUUCACGGUAUAUUUCCAUUUCUCUAAAACUUGUAAUGUCCAGCUGUUGAAUGUUUCGCUACUUUUUACACAACUUGCUCUUCUCUAACGAAGUACAACACAGUAUUCAUUUCGGGUACCAACAAAAGUACAACAUCGCACAUAAGUGAAACGAUCAUUUGCGCAGACGCUCAUUUUCAGUGGAUCUAUGCUGCUAUACGAGCUGCGUGCAGACUGCUCUAAAGUACAUCCUCUCCCUUGAGAAGACGUUCUCUCAAAUGUGAGGAGUGUACUCCCAUUUUUUGCGAGUACUUCAUUCGGUACUUCAUUUCUAAUCGUCGUCGGUUUUCUAUGAUCUACCUGUUCGUCAAGUGCAGCAAGGCUGCGUCAAAAGAAUGUCUAUACUGUACACCGAGCGGUGUAUUUGCUGAUUUGGUCCACGAGGAAGCAGUAAUUUCAAAUACUACAUGUAGAAAAUGCCAGUGUUACUCCGAAAAAAAGCCAUUUCCUGUUAAGUAUCAGCAUGAGAGGAAGCUAACCUGCAAUAACCCCGAUUGGGAAUUAAAGUGGAACCUCGUUUAACGUCAACAACUGCGUGACUCCGGUAACUCCGAAGACAUGGAAACAGAAACCGGAAGUCGAGCUAUGUCGCCCGGCUCGGAAGACUCGAUGUGGCAGCAUGUUGAUCAAAAACGCUGGCAUGUGCGGUAAUCUUGGGCUCCAUUUUGGCUCAUUUUGGUUCCAUUUUGGCUCCAUUUGGCUUCAUUUUGGCUCCAUUUUAGCUCCAUUUUGGUUCCAUUUUGGCUCCCAUUUUGGUUCCAUUCUGGCUUCAUUAUGGCUCCAUUUUGGUUUCAUUUUGACUCCAAUUUGGUUCCAUUCUGGCUUCAUUAUGGCUCCAUUUUUGUUUCAUUUUGGCCCCAUUUUGGUUCCAUUCUGGCUUCAUUACGGCUCCAUUUUGGUUCCAUUCUGGCUUCAUUAUGGCUCUAUUCUGGCUUCAUUAUGGCUCCAUUUUGGCUCCAUUUGACUCAGUUUGGCUUCAUUUUGGUUCCAUUAUGGCUCCAUUUUGGUUUCAUUAUGGCUCCAUUUUGGUUCCAUUCUGGCUUCAUUACGGCUCCAUUUUGGUUCCAUUCUGGCUUCAUUAUGGCUCCAUUAUGGCUUCAUUAUGGCUCCAUUAUGGCUCCAUUUGACUCCAUUUGGCUUCAUUUUGGUGCCAUUAUGGCUCCAUUUUGGUUCCAUUAUGGCUCCAUUUUGGUUUCAUUAUGGCUUCAUUUUGACUCCAUUUUGGUUCAAUUUUGGCUCCAUUUUGGUUUCAUUUUGGUUUCAUUUUGGUUCCAUUUUGGCUCCAUUUGGCUUCAUUUUGGCUCCAUUUGGCUUAAUUUUGGCUUAAUUUUGGUUCCAUUUUGGUUCCAUUUUGGCUCCAUUUUUGGCCCCAUUUGGCUCCAUUUUGGAUCUAUUUGGCUUCAUUUUGGCUCCAUUUUGGUUUCAUUUGGCUUCAUUUUGGCUCCAUUUUGGCUUCUUUUUGGUUCCAUUUGGCUCCAUUUUGCCUCCAUUUUGGUUCCAUUUGCCUCCAUUUUGGUUCCAUUUUGGCUCCAUUUUGGCAGAGGCCUGAGACGAGAAACAUUAUAGAAUUCAGGGAAGUGGGUGUUGAUCUCGCCGCCACAUCGCCUCUUUGGCAACAAUCACGUCUCCUGAAAUGUUCAGUUACCCUCCCCCGUCAUCAUUUCUACGUAUUCUGAAUUGUAAAAGCAUAAAAGCGUAUUUGUUUUCAUAUUUUCGUCUUUCCUGAACUGACUCGUUGCCCCGGAAUGACGCUCAGCAAGGUUCCACAGUAUUUUCUGUGUUGAGAUGAUUUUUCCUGAGUGAUCUGAUACCACGAGGCCAAAUAUUUUUGCAAUGGUGGGGGGGACCUGAUAUACCCAGUUUUUGGAACUUGUGCUUCUUAGCAACACCACCUGAUGGGAAAAUGUAUGAUUCUAAAGACAUCAAGAUUAAAUAUGUUUCUUUGUAAACUGUAGUAACUUUCAUUUUAAUCUAAAAAGCCGGAUUAUAUGUUGUAUAUUUGGUGAUGUACAUUUCCUGUGUGUACAGAAUAUAUCUUUUUUUUUUUUUUUUUAACUAUCAAGGGCUGGUUUCACUAUUUUGGUACUUUUAUUUUUUUUUACAAUCAAGUGUGAUUAAUUUAUACGUUCUUUUGUAUUUAUUUGUAUCAUCACUUUCAUAUCAAGUUGGAUUGACCUACUUGGGAAUGAAUUGCGGGCAUUAAUUUCACGUCAGUAUUUUGAAUUGUGGUGAAAUUUGAAUCCCACUUUGAUUGUCGGGUGGAUAUUUAUUGUGUCUUGGGUAUACUGUACACCAGAAAGCAAAUGUCUACUGUAGAAUGGUAAAAAAAAAAAGAA